GAGGGGGAGUUGCAUUAAUAUAAAAAAAAAGUUGACAGCGCAACAAUCAUGCAGUGAAGCUCAACACUAAACCCAAGCAAGGGAUGAGAAGAGAAGAGAGGAAACGACACAAUCACACAAUCCUGAAGGUACCGUAUGGCUCUAAGGGACACGUCUUGAGUGUACAAGGUCUUGAGUGACAUGCUUGCCUGCCAGGGGCUCUCAGGCCAGGGGAGAGGGGCAUGGUGAUUGUCUAUCAGGAGUGGUGGAGUGGCAGGGAGCCGUCUGUCCAUUAGGAUGAUCGUAUCAGUGGUAAGGCCCCCACUGGGGUGCAGAAUGAUGCCCAAAUAAGGUAUGAGGGGAGGCCAUUUCAAGUUAGAGAUAACAUGUGCUGGGCCAUUUGCUAAAGGGGACUCAGGUCAGAGGGAGACAUAGUGAAAAUGGUAAGAAGAGUAACAGUUUUUCAUAGAAUGUUAUCUUUUCUGUAAUUUGUUUAUCAUUUUUAGGAAAUGUGGUACAUCGCUCAUGCUGACUUAAAAUUUGAGUCAUGGUGUGAAUAUAUUUAUUUUGAUGAAUUCACAAUGAAUGGAAACCUUGUCAAAAUGAUCAUGUUUUAGCUGGCAUUUUUCUUGACUUGUUUCCUUUGAGUGGUUGUAAAGUUAAACAAUCUACCAGGAACAGGGUUAUAUUUGGUAACACAUUGCUAUUCUUCCAGAUUUAGAAUGGGCUGCAAUUUGUUUUAAAGUUAAUUAAUGUGUUAUUAAGUAUAUAUAGCUACUGUACAUGUUCAAUGUAUAGUGUUAGAAGAGUAAUGGAAUAUUCCAGAAACAUGUUCUGUUUACUUUGUAAGUACCAGUCAUUAAUUGGCUUUGAUGUUCAAGAAGUCAAACCCGAAACCUGAAAAAAAAAAUCCAACUGAAUUCUAACCAAUAUGUUUAGCGUUUUGAGCUACAACUUCUCCUCUCCUCACCAGAUGGGUGAGAUGGCAGAUCCAAUCCAGUUCAAAGAAGAGGGGAACAAGCAUUUCCAAGCCGGUGAGGUGGAUAAGGCCAUCGAGUGUUACACUAAAGCCAUCAAGUUGUCCACGGACAAAAAGGUUCUCGCCGUUGUCUACAGGAACAGAUCAGCCUGUUUCCUGAAAAAGGUAAACACCUCACCUAAACCACAGGCAAAAACGGAAUAGUUCUAUUAUUAUUAAUAAUUAUCCCUGGGUGUGAUUUCCUGAUCCUCUGAUGUUUUUGAACGCCCUUUGUUUCCUUUUCAGGAAAGCUACACCAAUGCAGCCUCCGAUGCCUCCAAAGGUACGGUACAGUCUACUAAAUGUUUAGUACAUAAACAAGAAUCAAAACACAGCCAAUUACGUUUUUUUUGCCAUGCUCAUUGCUCACUGUCACAUAACAUAACAUGACAAAUAAUGGAUUAUCCUCAUGCCACAGUGAUAUUUUCACUUCAACCUAGACACUUGUAUACUUCUCUGCUCUCCAACAGCCAUUGACGUAGAUGCAGCAGACGUCAAAGCCCUGUUCCGGCGCUGCCAGGCUCUGGAGAAGCUGGGCAAGUUGGACAUGGCCUUCAAAGACGUCCAGAGGUGUUCCACCAUCGAGCCCAAAAACAAGACCUUCCUGGAGACCCUCAGGAGGCUGGGGGCUGAGAUCCAAGCCAAGGUUUGCUACCCACUGGACAGUUUAGAUACGAUCCAUUGGUUUACUUAUAGAUGACUAUGUGAUUAUAAUAUUUUAUUGACUUAUGAACUAGACAUAAAAAACACAAAUUAUAGUACUUAUCUGGGACUUACAGUUGAAGUCGGAAGUUUAUAUACACCUUAGCCAAAUACAUUUAAACUCAGUUUUUCACAAUUCCUGACAUUUAAUCCUAGUAAAAAUACCCUGUCUUAGGUCAGUUAGGAUCACCACUUUAUUUUAAGAAUGUGAAAUGUCAGAAUAAUAGUAGAGAGAAUGAUUAUUUCAGCUUUUAUUUAUUUCACCACAUUCCCAGUGGGUCAAAAGUUUACAUACACUCAAUUAUUUUUUGGUAGCAUUGCCUUUAAAUUCUUUAACUUGGGUCAAACGCCUUCCACAAGCUUCCCACAGUAAGUUGGGUGAAUUUUGGCCCAUUCCUCCUGACAGAGCUGGUGUAACUGGGUCAGGUUUGUAGGCCUCCUUGCUCGCACACGUUUUUUCAGUUCUGCCCACACAUUUUCUAUAGGAUUGAGGUCAGGGCUUUGUGAUGGCCAUUCCAAUACCUUGACUUUGUUUUCCUUAAGCCAUUUUGCCACAACUUUGGAAGUAUGCUUGGGGUCAUUGUCCAUUUGGAAGACCCAUUUGCGACCAAGCUUUAAUUUCCUGACUGAUGUCUUGAGAUGUUGCUUCAAUAUAUCCACAUAAUUUUCCUUCCUCAUGAUGCCAUCUAUUUUGUGAAGUGCACCAGUCCCUCCUGCAGCAAAGCACCCCCACAGCAUGAUGCUGCCACCCUCGCGCUUCACGGUUGGGAUGGUGUUCUUCGGCUUGCAAUCUACCCCCUUUUUCCUCCAAACAUAACGAUGGUCAUUAUGGCCAAACAGUUCUAUUUUUGUUUCAUCAGACCAGAGGACAUUUCUCCAAAAAGUACGAUCUUUGUCCCCAUGUGCAGUUGUAAACCGUAUUCUGGCUUUUUUAUGGCGGUUUUGGAGCAGUGGCUUCUUCCUUGCUGAGCGGCCUUUCAGGUUAUGUCGAUAUAGGACUCGUUUUACUGUGGAUAUAGAUACUUUUGCACCUGUUUCCUCCAGCAGCUUCACAAGGUCCUUUGCUGUUGUUCUGGAAUUGAUUUGCACUUUUCGCACCGAAGUACAUUCAUCUCUAGGAGAUAGAACACGUCUCCUUCCUGAGCGGUAUGACGGCUGCGUGGUCCCAUGGUGUUUAUACUUGCGUACUAUUGUUUGUACAGAUGAACGUGGUACCUUCAGGCAUUUGGAAAUUGCUCCCAAGGAUGAACCAGACUUGUGGAGGUCUACAAUGUUUAUUCUGAGGUCUUGGCUGAUUUCUUUUCAUUUUCCCAUGAUGUCAAGCAAAGAGGCACUGAGUUUGAAGUUAGGCCUUGAAAUACAUCCCCAGGUACACCUCCAAUUGACUCAAAUGAUGUCAAUUAGCCUAUCAGAAGCUUCUAAAGCCAUGACAUCAUUUUCUGGAAUUUUCCGAACUGUUUAAAGGCACAGUCAACUUAGUGUAUGUAAACUUCUAACCCACUGGAAUUGUGAUACAGUGAAUUAUAAGUGAAAUAAUCUGUCUGUAAACAAUUGUUGGAAAAAAUUACUUGUGUCAUGCACAAAGUAGAUGUCCUAGCCGACUUGCCAAAACUAUAGUUUGUUAACAAGACAUUUGUGGAUUGGUUGAAAAACAAGUUUUAAUGACUCCAACCUAAGUGUAUGGAAACUUCCAACUUCAACUGUAUCUCUCUCGCUCUCUGUCUACAGCUGAAGACAACCUUCUCCACAGACUCACGGGUUCAGAACAUGUUUGACAUUCUGCUUGAUGAGGAGAUGGACAAGGACAAGAAGGAGAAGGUUUGUAUGACACCAUAGUAGAGAUCAGUUCCAUUGAUUCAACUUACUGUAAUAAGCAUAAUGCUGUGGUCUUUAAUUUUUUACAGUCUGAUAUCAAAUGCAAUGUGUGUAACUUUAAUGGCAAUAUGAAUAAUAUUUUCUUCCCAUGUAGGCUGCUAACAACCUGGUGGUUCUGGCCAGAGAAGAAGCUGGCGCAGAGAGAAUCUUCCAGAACAACGGAGUGCCUCUGCUGCUGGAUUUGCUUGAGACCGGAAAAGUAGAGAUGGUCCUGGCCGCUAUCCGCACCUUCGCAGGAAUGUGCACUGGACACAAAGCUCGGGUGAGGGGCAGGGGAAGACAUAGAGGUGCAUAAGAGGUUCUGUGAGAAGGGGAUAAAAGGGGAACCUCAAGUACUUCUGAUCCUCACAAUUUCUGGUCCUUCCAGACAGAUAUGGAUCAUUUUCAAAGUUGCUAUUGUAAUGUCUAGCCAUAGUCCCCUUUUGUACACUCAGUUGACCUGUAUGUUUGUCUCUGAACAGGCCAUGGCCAUUAUCCACCUGGUGGGCAUAGACAAGUUGUGCAGCAUCAUGGCCGUCGACAACGAGGACAUCGCCUUGGCAACCUGUGACCUGUUCCAGUGCAUCAACGACUCCCUCACUGGAGGAGACCGGAGGAUUUAUGGGAAGGAGGAAGCCCUGAUUUUGGGUGAGACAUCCACUCACAUUCCUGCAUUCCUAACCUGUUUCAGUUAAAGCCCUACAUUUAUAUACAUUCAUGUAGUGCUUUUUACCUAACUUGAAUUGCCUCUGAAUAGCAUCAAUCAGCUAUAUAAACAGAUUUUGAAGGUCUCAUCAUUCUAAUCUUGUUUGUGUUUUAUAAACGCUUAAUACAACUGGUCUGACACUUUCUCUGCUCCCCUGCAGAUGCAAGCAAGGACUUGAAAAGCAUCCUGAUGGCCCUGCUGGAGAUGGUUGCCAGUAAGAAGGUUUCAGGACACGGCAGAGACCAGGCCCUGAACCUGCUGAGCAGGAACGUGCCUCGCAAGGACAAGAAAGACCCUGACCACUCCAAGAGCCUCUUUACUAUCGACCACGGUGAGUGGUUAACUGUAGCUUUGACCAUGAUCUGUGACACUAAGUAGGCCUAUGAUAUAGUUCUACACUGUUUAUGUCAGUUGUGGGCUUAUGUCUUGUUCUUGAGAAAAACAUUAUUUUAUGGUUUGUAUUAAAUAUGGAGUACUGAGAGUAUUAACUUAAUGUAGGAAAGUUGCCAUUCAUAUUGCUUUGUGAACCCCCCCCCCCCCCACCCCCAACCCCCAACCCCCACCAGGUCUGAAGAAGAUCCUGAAGGUGUGUGGCCAGAUACCUGACCUCCCAGACCAGCUGCCCAUGACAGAGAACACUCAGCUCAUCGCCAGCGUGCUGCUCGACAAGCUCUGGGACGACUUGCGCUGCGACCCCGAGAGAGACAACUAUAGGGAAGUCUGUGACGAGUACAUCAAGUGAGUUACACAUUAGUAACAUAACAGCAACAUACGAGUAGCAUAUCUAAUGAGAAUAACAUCAUAGAGACAUUAAGAGAUAUCUGUGAUGCACGCAUACAUCAUGAGUAAUGUUACAACAGGGGAAGUAUCUAACAGCACUAUAGAGUUGACAGUGAGGAUGAGUACUAAAUUAACUGACUGUAACAUUUAUCCCUGACCUCCUCCCUCCUCCCUCAUCUAUCCUUAACCCUGCUCCACCUGACCAUGACCCGUUCCACAGAGGCAAGUUUGACCCCAACGAUAUGGACAGGAACAUCCACGCCAUCAAUGCUCUGUCAGGACUGCUGCAGGGCCCCUUCGAGGUGGGCAACCAGCUGGUGGGUCGCCAGGGCAUCAUGGAGAUGAUGGUGGCGCUGUGCGGCUCCGAGCGUGAGGUGGACCAGAUGGUUGCCGUGGAAGCACUGAUCCACUCCUCGACCAAGAUGAGCCGCGCCUCAUUCAUCAUCACCAACGGCGUGUCGCUGCUCAAAGACAUCUACAAGAAGACGAAGAACGAUAAGAUCAAAAUCCGUGCGCUGGUGGUGAGCGAGCUUUAAAUUUCCAUACUAUGGAAAGAUGGAAUAGAAUGGACAUUUUGAUAGUUCUUCAUGUUUGAAAACAUUACAGGGACUCUUCAGAUUGAUCUAACUGUAACUUUCCUUACAAGUUAAUGAACUCAAUAUUGUGUGUGUGUCCCUUUCCCCAGGGUCUGUGUAAGCUGGGCUCAGCAGGUGGAGAUGACUAUAGUAUGAGGCAGUUUGCUGAAGGCUCCACUGAGAAACUGGCCAAGCAAUGUAGGAAGUGAGUGGUUUUGUGGCUGGUAGCUCUGACGAUGUAGCUGCUGUUGUGUAACCUUUUGGUGUUAAUACUCUGAGGUAUUAAUUGACCUACAGUCUAUCACAGGCUCUUUUUCAAAAGUAUUAUGGACUACAAAUAUCAGGAGUAAUAGAUUGUGUACAGAGCUGUACCCUUAUGUUUGAGCUGCAAAGACAUCAUUAUAUUCCCUCAGAGGGAUUUUGAAAUAGUUUCCCAUGAUCAUAAUCUCAAGAUGAAGGAUCAUUUUCUGUUAGCCUUGUUCCCUGUUAACACUCUUCCUGUGUGUGUCAGGUGGUUGUGUAACUCUGCCAUGGACACGAGGACCAGGAAGUGGGCUAUAGAAGGUCUGGCCUACUUGACCCAAGACGCUGACGUAAAGGAUGACUUUGUUGAGGACGAGCCUGCCAUGAAAGCCAUGUUUGACCUGGCCAAGGUAGGUACUGUACUAUUGAAGACAGAGGAUAGACACAACUCAUAGCGCAUAACAUGAGCAUAGUGGCAUUAAAGUGUGCAUAUGUGACCUGGAGGAGAGUAUUAAUCUUCCCUCUUCCCUGUGACACAGUCUAAAGAUAAGACCAUCCUGUAUGCUGUGGCCUGUACCCUGGUCAACUGCACCAACAGCUAUGAGAAGAAAGACAUCAUGCCUGAGCUGGUUCAGCUGGCCAAGUUCUCCAAGCAGCACGUCCCCGAGCAGCACCCCAAGGUAAGAUAAGACAAAGACACAGGCCUCCCUCUGUCUGUCCGGUGGGCAGAACUCUACAACAAGUCAUCCUUAUGUCAGGACAGAACAGAACUAGUCACUCUAAUGUCAUUAAGCACUGUAAACUAAACUAGUAUAAAGGAUAUAUAAAUGUGACUAUGCUGCUCUCUACUGUAAGCAAAGUUAUAUAUUUUUUAUUGUGAGGCCCUAGGUACUGUAUAUUAACUGAGGGAGAUGCUGACUAUACACACACUUCUCUGCCCUUAGGACAAGAAAGAUUUCAUCCAGAAGAGAGUGAAGAGGAUGCUAAAGGGAGGAGUCAUCUCAGCUCUCACUGUCAUGGUGAAAGCAGACAACCUUCUCCUGACUGACCAGACCAAAGAGAUGCUGGCAAGGUGAGCAACCUGGGACUGUACUAGGCUCGAGCAUUUAGCUAUGUCACAGACAUUCUUAUAAACUAGUAUACCAAACAUUAGGAACAACUUCCUAAUAUUGAGUUGCACCUCCUUUUGCACUCAGAACAGCUUCAGUUCGUCGGGGCAUGGAUUCUACAAGGCGUCGAAAGCGUUCCACAGGGAUGCUGGCCCAUGUUCACUCCAAUGCUUCCCACAGUUGUCAAGUUGACUGGAUGUCCUUUGGGUGGUGGACCAUUCUUGAUACACACAGGAAACUGUCGAGUGUGAAAAACCCAGCAGCGUUGCAGUUCUUGACACAAACUGGUGCGUCUGGCACCUACUACCAUACCCCGUUCAAAGGCACUUAAAUAUUUUGUCUUGCCCAUUCAACUUCCGGAUGACACACAUACACAAUCCAUGUCUCAAUUGUCUCAAGGCUUAAAAAUCCUUAUUUAACGUGUCUCCUCCCCUUCAUCUACACUGAUUGAAGUGGAUUUAACAAGUGACAUCAAUAAGGAAUCAUAGCUUUCACCUGGAUUCACCUGGUCAGUCUAUGUCAUGGAAAGAGCAGGUAUUCUUUAUGUUUUGUAUACUCGGUGUAUAUGCAUAUGCACUGAUGUAUGUAUGUAUGUAUGUAUGUGUGUAACUGAUAGAUGCUACUGAAUGUGAAUGGAAUAUAUAAAAAUGGAAAUGUAAUAAUGAAUGUAUUUGGAUGUAGGCCUAGAGUAAUGAGUCUCUCUGUUUCUCUGUGUUGUGUCAGCAGGACCUUUUUUGGUUCUAUUGUUCUUAUUUUAAAUAUGUGUAGUUCAGUCCUUGAGCUGUUCUUGUCUAUUGAUGUUCUGUAUUAUGUCAUGUUUUGUGUUUUGUGUGGACCCCAGGAAGAGUAGCUGCUGCUUCAGCAACAGCUGAUGGGGAUCCUAAUAAAAUACUAAUAGUUAUCCAGUCAGUACAUGCAAUUAGCAAUACUGCAGAACAAAUUUCAUUCAAAUAAUUGGUAUUUGCUUUGAUUUGCAGGGUGUUCCUUGCCUUGGCAGAUGAUCCCAAAGACCGUGGCACUAUUUGCGCCCAUGGAGGGGGCAAGGUGAGUGACAGACACAACACAAGAUUCUCCAUUCUAAUAUAAUCUAUAACGCAGUCUAAAUGUACAUUUGAUUUAUUACUUUUAUUUAACCAGUAGUUUUCAGACUAUUGAGAAAACGUUAUCUUUUCAAGACAUCUAUGAGGUGUCAUAGUUAAAACUAAACUGUGGUUCGAGCUUGGAACAGUCAAGUGGUGUCUGGCCACCAUAGUCACAUGUAGGCUAGAGCAGGGUUAGACAACCCUGGUCCUGGAGUGCCGCAGGCAUUUCAUGUUUUUGAUUUAACCAAGCUGGAAGACCAGGUGUGUUGAAUUUAGUCUGAUAAAUUUGCUCAGUUGGUCUGGUGUGGUGCCUAGUUGGGGCAAUAUCCUGCAGUACUCUAGGAACAGGGUUGAUGGCCCCUGGGCUAGAGUAUGUUGUAAUGUCACAGUAAAAGUUGAAGCGUGUGUGUGGGUCUGUGUCUGAACCACUGAUCUCUUGCUGUGUGAUCCCCAGGCUUUGAUCCCAUUGGCUCUGGAGGGAUCAGCUAUAGGGAAAAUAAGGGCCGCCCACGCCCUGGCCAAGAUCGCUGCUGUCUCCAACCCAGAGAUCGCUUUCCCCGGAGAGAGGGUAGGAACCUGUCUGACCACUUCCUGUUACGUGGGAGAAAGGGUGUGGGCUGGUUUGGGAAAGGGAAUUGACUCAUACAUAUUUUAGCUGUCUUGCAUUCAGUAAAACACAUACUUUUUCAACUCAUCUUUAUUCUUCUUUCUCUGUCCUUCCUAUCCUUUCUUACUAUGUCCCUCUCUUUCGGCUUCCUGUUUUACCCUCCCUCCCUCCUCCACCAUGCCUUGUCAUCUCUCUCUCUGACAGAUCUAUGAGGUGGUGCGUCCUCUGGUCAGCCUGUUGCACCCUGAGAGAGAUGGGGUGCAGAACUACGAGGCACUUCUGAGUCUCACCAACUUGGCUGGUCUCAACGACAAACUGAGGUAAGGUCUGUUAGUUUACCAACCACACCACAGUAUGUAUGUAUAACCCAACAAAACACCAGAGACUAUUACAGAUUAAUUAGACAAUUCAACAAUCAAUAUAAGGUAAUAGAGAGGUGUGAGAGGAUAAGUGUGUUUAUUCAUAUGGCACUAAACAGGAAACAACUAUGGACUAAGAUAUGCUCUGGGGACUUUCCGGAGUUCAUUUAGUUUUUUUCACUGUUGCUGCCAAACCGUUUUGAGUGGAGGAGAUGAGAUGGUUGCCUGAUUCAUUAACUCUUUCCUCCCAUCCUCCACGGCUCCAGAGUGAAGAUCCUGAAAGAGAAGGCUCUCCCUGAGAUUGAGCAGUACAUGUUUGAAGACCAUGACCAUAUCAGACAGGCAGCCACAGAGUGCAUGUGCAACCUGGUGACGUGCAAAGAGGUAAGAGGGCACCCCAUCACUCUUAGGGAACAAUGUCAUCACUUAGUGUGUGUGUAUGUAACAAACUUGUCACCCAGUGUAACGUCAUCAUUGUGUGUGGUGUAUUCCAGGUGCAGGAUCGGUACCUGGAGGAUGGGAAUGAUAGGCUGAAGCUGCUGGUGCUGAUGUGUGUUGAGGACAAUGAAAAGCUCCAGAGAGCUGCAGCCGGAGGCCUGGCCAUGCUCACCGCUGCCCAGAAGAAGUUGUGCACCAAGAUGACCCUGGUGGUACGUCUGUCCGGUUGCAUUCACACUACACUCACUUUGGUGUGACCCAAGGGCAGUUCCUGUACAAAGAUCCUAAUUUAAUCACCACACUGAAUCAUCUCGAUACUAAUUAUAGUUAUAUAUUACCAAAUUAAUGUAUAAUCACAACAGGGAAUGUAGUUAUAUAUUACCUAAUCAAUAACCUGUCUCCUCCCCUUCAUCGACACUGAUUGAAGUGGAUUUAACAAGUGACAUCUAUAAGGGAUCAUAGCCUUCAAGAGCAGGUGUUCCUAAUAUUUUGUACACUCAGUGUAUAUUACCUAAUUAAUAUGUUUAAUCAUUAUGAGACCUCAGCCACGUCAUCACUUGUCAGAUGUAAAGCGCUUGUAAUCAUUUGACUGACAGACCAAUCUUUUCUCGGUUCUCGCCACAGACAUUGCAGUGGAUGGAGAUCCUUCAGAGGCUGAUUCUCCAUGAUCAGCCCCAGAUCCAGCACAGAGGCCUUGUGAUCGUGUACAACAUGCUGAACUCGGAAGACAACGAGCUGGCCAAGAAGCUGAUGGAGAGUGAGAUCCUGGAGAUCCUGACAGUAAUUGGCAAAGCAAUGGACAACCCCAAGAGGCAGAUUGUAAUCGAUGUGGCACGCACCUGCCUGGUCAAGGCCAUGGACCUCGGCCUCAUCAAACCCUUCACAACCCCUUCUUAAAGCAUUGUUUCUCAACCUUUUUGUAGUACCAGGGACUGGCAUGCAAUGGUCCUACUCCCUCAAAGGCGCAACCCAAGUUAUUUUGUCCCUUGUGGCAAUGAGAGGAAAUACAAAGCCAAUCAACCAGAAACAAAUCACACACACAUACAGAAAUAAGAACAUGUAUGCCAAUUCUGUUCUAGUCCAAUGAGUGCACGUUUCCCCUCUUAUUUGGCGGGUACACUUGCAGAUGCCCAUACCCCCUCACUACCCUAAGUCCUCCCAAAAUGUCAGGCUGACACUUGUCACAGGACAUUGAAUUUACAGAUUGUACCUUUAAAUGAAAACUACAACUUGAGAGCUAAUUACAGUAACUUGCUUAUGGACUGAUGAGAUACAUCCCACAGAUCGAGGUCCAGAGAUUUAAGGUUGAGACACUCUUAAGUGUAGGCCUAUGGACAGAGAGCCAAGGAGAUAGGACUGAUGAUCCACCUGAGCAGCUAAAGCUGGGUCUGCUCUCCUGAAUUCAGAGACCAUACAAAUACAUUUUCUGAGUUUUUAGUAAGCUAAGCAAAGUGUAUUUGUGUGGAUGAGAGGUGUUUGUUUAAUGUAAUUUUACACUUAAGGAUAAGGAUUUGAUUUUUUGUCAAAUACGCUGUUCGAUUCUUGACUCUGCAUCCAUUUUUAGGGUCGUCACUAGAUAACACAGGUAAGUGAUAAUGCCCGAGAAGCCGGUGUUUGUUGGAUAUAUUGACACGGGUGUUCUUAGGCCCAAGAUGAAGUCGAGGGCUGACAAACCGUGCCAAUAUAUAUAUACACCGGCUAAGAGGGCAUUAUCACUUUUAUACAAGGGGUUACCAACAUAUU